GCCAACGGGUUUGCCCGAGGUGGCGGUAGCCCAGGUAGCCUUCUGGGCCCCGCUGGAAAGCCAGCUCCGUGUCGCCCUUAAAAAGCGUCUUUACUGAGGUUCGGCUCACACCGAGAUCGGGGCUGAAGAGAGAGUCAGAUUUUGGAGCGGAGCGUUUGGAAAGCGAGCCCCAGUGUGGCCCCCUUGGAGCUCGCUGAAGUUGGCUUCCUAGCGGUGUAGGCUGGAAUAGACUCUUGGCAAGCUCCGGGUUGGUAUACUGGGUUAACUUUGGGAAAUGCAAGUGUUUAUCUCCAGGAUCUAGCCACCGGGGUGGUGUAAGCCGCAAAGAAGUUCCACCAGGUGAGAAGAGUGAUGACCAUCCUUUUCCUUACUAUGGUUAUUUCAUACUUCGGUUGCAUGAAGGCUGCUCCCAUGAAGGAAGCGAACGUCCGAGGACAAGGCGGCUUGGCCUACCCAGGUGUGCGGACCCAUGGGACUCUGGAGAGCAUGAAUGGGCCCAAGGCAGGCUCGAGAGGCCUGACGGCAUUGGCUGACACCUUUGAACACGUGCUAGAGGAGCUGCUGGAUGAGGACCAGAAGGUUCGGUCCCACGAAGAGAACAACAAAGAUGCGGACUUGUACACGUCCAGGGUGAUGCUCAGUAGUCAAGUGCCUUUGGAGCCUCCUCUUCUCUUUCUGCUGGAGGAAUACAAAAAUUACCUGGAUGCUGCAAACAUGUCCAUGAGGGUCCGGCGCCACUCCGACCCUGCCCGCCGCGGCGAGCUGAGCGUGUGUGACAGUAUUAGCGAGUGGGUGACAGCGGCAGACAAAAAGACUGCCGUGGACAUGUCGGGUGGGACGGUUACGGUCCUUGAGAAAGUCCCUGUAUCGAAAGGCCAACUGAAGCAAUACUUCUACGAGACCAAGUGCAAUCCUAUGGGUUACACGAAAGAAGGCUGCAGGGGAAUAGACAAGAGACAUUGGAACUCCCAGUGCCGAACUACCCAGUCGUACGUGCGGGCCCUCACCAUGGAUAGCAAAAAGAGAAUCGGCUGGCGAUUCAUCAGGAUAGACACUUCCUGUGUGUGUACAUUGACCAUUAAGAGGGGAAGAUAGUGGAUUUAUGCUGUAUAGAGUAUAUUGAGACAAAAAUUAUCUAUUUGUAUAUAUACAUAACAGGGUAAAUUAUUCAGUUAAGAAGAAAUAAUUUUAUGAACUGCAUGUAUAAAUGAAGUUUAUACAGUCCAGUGGUUCUACAAUCUAUUUAUUGGACAUGUCCAUGACCAGGAGGGAAACAGUCAUUUGCGCACAACUUUAAAAAGUCUGCUAUUACAUUCCUCGAUAAUGUUGUGGUUUGUGGCCGUUGCCAAGAAUUGAAAACAUAAAAAGUUGAAAAAAAUAAUAAUAAAUUGCAUGCUGCUUUAAUUGUGAA